UUUGUGGUUUGGCGGGGAGGCGGAGUUUGGCGUGCUGGCUGGAUGCUCCUCUCGCUUCGUCCUCUGCUGCUGCUCUCCCGAGGAAAUUUCUCACUUCAACGAAACUCUUCAACGAGGAAACUAAUGAUGCUGUUGGUCUGACUGAUUAAACCAGGAAAGAAAUUUCAAGUGGAUGUUUUCAGAGAGGAGAGGAAACUGAUCAAUCCAUAUCCAUUGCUGUAUUGAAGAAAACGAAAUAAUUCAUCAAUCCAAAUAUUUCUGUUCCUGCUGAUGAUAGCCGUCAUUCGUCCCCUUGUUGAAUUCAGAGAAGAUUUUUUCUUCAGACCAAGAUUUUAUUUUCCGUUUCCUAAAAAAAUAUUCGUGUAGAAAAAAGGUGAAUAUUUAAGUACGCUAAUUUUUAUAAGCCACAACUAUCACAUUGACAUUUAAGUAGUUUUAAGUAAUCAAUCAACAGAAAUAAUGGUGUGGGGUCAUUUCAAUGUCUAUGUUAUAUCUUGGGGAUUAUCAAACGAUAGGCAACAAUUUCAUUUGGAUUAUGAGUGUACAAAAGUCAAAAAAAGUCGCCUCAUUUAUAUUUCUCAUUCAUACAAAUACGAAAGUCAGUAGAACAGACCCACCCACAGAACAAAAUGGCGAACUUCUCGUCCAAUAAGUAAUUGUAUUCAUUUGCAAACGAAAGUUUCAUUCUCUUCUCGCGUAAUUUGCUGGCUCAACGUUAAAAAGGCAUUACACAAAUGUAGGAUGGUUGUAUCGUCGUCGGUUCGUCUUCCCCCAAGGAGUGAAAGAAUGAACUCGUCCAUUGGGAACAUGCAGGCAUAACAAAAAAAUAGCAAGACCAAGUUUCCUCAAGCACCAACCAACACCAAGUCAAUACCGCAUUUGGUCGUCGUCAUCAUAGCGAGAUAGACCAGUAAGAAGUUGGUCGGUUGUUCAAAAUCUAUGGAUGGAGCGCCAACAUCGAGACUUUAAUCGAUCCAAUUUCAAGGGGUUGUGCAUGUGUUGCUACUAAAUGUUGUAUCUGUGAUAUGUGGCUAGGAAAUUGUACGCGAGAGGGAGCAUCUGGUAUAAUAAACUCCUCUAGAUUUUACGGCACGGAACGGGCUUGGAUAGUCCCAUAUUGCCUCAUGGCUCAUUCUCUUUGUUCAUCAUGUGGCUUCCAUUCUCAUAGAAUGACAUAUUACAUGAAUAGAAGUUCUGACCAAUUAUAGUGAUGAAUAAUAAUAGGGAGGAUACACACACCCAUAAAUAAGCAAGUCAUCUCCAAAGUGUGUAGUUUUGACGUGAUGCCACGCAUCGACCCAGAAAGGUUACUUAAGACAUUGGCUCCGCUAUUAGAACCGGCGUCGGGCGCUAUAAAGUCAAAUAACGAAGUAGAUAAAAUUUAUGGCUUGAUGUCGAAAUUUUCAAAAAAGUUGGUGAGCAAGUGCACAUACAUAAACAUUCUAAAGGCAACGCCUCUAGAAGUAUUAGACUUAUUCCUUCAGCGUGGAGGAUGGGACAUGGUAUUAGGAUGGACCUCAGAUGCAACAUCAAAAAAAAGUUAUGACCUGUUGAAGGAAAUUUGUGGCCUACUUUUGUACGCACCAGCCACAAUUCAACGGUUGAAAGAAAAUGAACUGCCAAAAAUUGUCAAGUCUAUCUCGAAAGAUUGCGAGAACGAAGAAAUUCGGGAACUCGCAAAACAAGUAGUUUUAAAGUGGAUUGCCGUUGCAAAGCAUUUAAUUGUUGGAGGUCCUACACAUAUUAUAGGCAGUAAUUUUGGAACUGGUUCAACUGCUCACACACAUUCGGUUCCCGUACAAAGCUCUUCUGUUACAUCAACUAGAUCCACUGGUCAUGGUGAUCAUGAAAAUCACACAACCACUGCUACUACGACCACCACUAGUACUGGGGGGGAUUUAGAUAUUUCUUCAUUUGACAUUUCCCAAGCUGAGCUAAAUGCGAUAAUUGAAUUUAAUCCGGAAGACUUCAACCAAGUUGUUGAUCAGCACUUGGAUUUAUCUGAAGCGAUGGCUAGUGGAAAUGCUGUAGUACAUUCCAUUGAUAGUGCCAAUGUUCUUGUAGAUGAUUCCGCUGAUACGAUAAAAAUUGAAUUGAAUAAUGCAUCUCAGAGCCAUACACCUACACUAUCAAUUAACACGUCGGCAGGACAAAAUGUUGUAGUUCGUGUAGAUGCUAGCAGUACACCAAAGCAAGAAGAGCCUCCAUACUGUAUUAUGAUGAAGGAUGGUAAACCAUUCCUUGUUAGGCUAAAAUUGGCACCACCAAAAGAAACGACAGGAUCGCCUAAUCAGCUUCGAAACCAACAAGAGAUAACGUCCACUUCCACUACUGGAGACCUCUCCCCGCAACAGAAAACGACAGAGGACAAGCAAUUAGGACCCGGAGGGACAGGAAUGCUGAAAACUUACUCGAAAAGGACGCCUGUGGAGGUUAUUGCAGCAAUUGCUCAACCUCCCGCUUCUGAACAAUCUAGUACUUCUAAAUCUAAAUCUGGCUCAAAAUCAAAGUCAGACUCGAAAGAUCCUUCACAAAUCAAAAAACAGCGCUCAAGUUCGAAAGGUUCCUCUGCUGCAGCAGCCGCUGCUGCCAAAAAGGCUGCCGAUGAAGAAAAACUAAAAGAGCAAAUUAGACAGCAAAAAGCAACCUUAAAAAAGAGGUCGAAAGACGCUGCAAAACAGAAGCAACAAGAAAAAGAUCAAGAAACCCUGAAAAAGUUAAACUUGAACAUGGAGCCGUCUGUAACUGCACCUCCUAACAAUUCAAAGAUACCAAAGAUACCAAAACGUCAAUCCAGUUUCGCCGACGCCCUUGGAUAUUCAGGGGAGUCUGAUAAAAUAAUCAAAAAGAAAACGUCACUGGAUCACAAUAGCUCAUCGGAGAAAAUCAGCAACGACUCAUCCAUUAGCUCUAAAAACACCACCAGUAAACCAGAGUCGUCCAUCAAUAAUGAUGCCAACAAUAAAGGAAAGGAGAGCAGACGACAUCGACCUAAAGUAUUUUCAUCAAAGAGCAGUAGAGCGGAUGAUUUAUUGAAGGAUAUGACAGAGACUGUUAAAAGUAGUAGUAAAUCCAAUAAAUCUGAAAGCUCUAAUAAAACCACUGAAUCAUCAGCAUCAUCGUCUAGUUUAAUGGGCGAAAAAUCUUCCACUAGCAUAUCUUCUAAACCAGAAAAAAGACCUUCGAUUGAUGGCAUUGAGAAGCCAGGAGACUCGAAAAAGCCCAAGAUUGAUAGCAAGCCAGCGAAAGAAAAGAAACCAACGACUCUUUUGAAAGAAAGCAGUCUAUUCAUGGAUGCAUUAACUGCCAGUUCUGAUACUACAAAGGCAUCAAAUAAGACUAGAAAACGUCGACUCUCUUCAACCACCAACGACGACAAGCUAGGAAAAAGUGUCAUUAAUAACAAUAGUAGUAAUAAAGAAAAAGCAGCAAAUUCUAGUCCAACUUUAAUUGAUCCUCAAGCACCUCCCGUGGUUGUCAAGCCUGUUUUCAACUUUUAUAGAGAAACGCUGGAAGACAUUGAUACUAGGACUGAAGGGAAUAAAGCCGCCUCUACUGCUAACCUAAAUACUUCUCUGGAUGGACAAACAAUGGAUAUCUCAGGCUCAGGAGAUGAUCUUCAAAAUAGUGAAAUGGAUGAUGAUGAUGAUAAUAAUGAUGUCUGCAUUGUUAUUCCACCUAAACUAGAUUCUAUUCCUUUGAAAAGUGCCCUUGUAAUUCACCGUUCUAGAAAUAAGCCUAAAAAGAGUGUCCGAUGGAGAGAUGAUGAUGAGUUAACAGAUACUCGCACAUUCGAGCUAGAUGAAGAAGAACGUGUAAAUGUGACCAAGCACAAAGAUUUCUUGUCGGCAAAGGAGCAUGAGAAGGCGGAAGAGAAGGAAUACAUCGUAAAGAAUCUUAAGCAACGAAUGUUGAAUGAAGAUUCUGAAGAAAAGAUGCCUUGGAGAAAGCCACUCCUAAUUGCCCUCUCCACGGAGGAACCAAAAAUUGAAAGCAAUCAAAAAGACAUUCAAGAAGAAAGAGAACGACUAAAUCUGGGCGUUUUCCUUCCUCCUGGCUCCAUGUUACCAGAUACAGCUUCUGAACCUGACCCAUCAUCACCAAGCGAAGAUGAAAGAAUAGAGUCCAUAACAAUCCCAAUCGAAGAUGUCAUGAACGUGACAAAAGUAUACGAUAAUCGUAACAUGCCGUGGCCUAAACCCAAACCAGACUUUUCGCAUCGAAUUGUUCCCAAACCUAUGUUGCCUCCAAACAAUCAUCACCCGUUUGGAAUGUCGGCUAGCUUUGGCGAUGUCAAUUUCCAACAGCAGCCCCCACCUCAAGAUCCGCAAUCUGUGUUUCCUACCGAUUUUGGCAACCCAUGGAAUAUCGGGGGUGCAAACCCAACUUCGCUGAUGGGUGCAAAUAACAUGAAUAUGAAUGAGAUGGUCCGAUUUCCCCCUAUAAAUACAAUGACACUGCCCCCUGGAUUUCCACCACCGCCCCCAAUUGGAAACCCAUUUUUUCCACCCCAACAACAGACAAGGAUUCCGUUUUCUCAGCAACCUCUAAAUGCUCAGUUCCCCAAUGUGCCGCCUUCUGUGCAAAUGAUGUUAAAUAACAAUAUUGGCAUUGGAAGAGAACCAUUGUCUGCAUCGGACAAUGGCCAUUCAGUACAAAAUAAUACCUCUGCAGGAGGACUUAUUCCUCCUCGUGACUUUGAUUUACGACGACAGUUGAGCAGGGAUAAUCCUGCUGCUCGAGAUCAAGACUCUAGGUCAAGAGGUGGUGGUUAUGAUAGUCGGGGUCGUUCUAGCAGAAAUGAUUACAGUAGCAGCAGUAGCAGCAGGGGAUCAAGGGACCACGAUCGAGAUAGGGACAGAGAUCAUAGAAGGUCGCCAAGUCCAAGACGUCGCCGAGAAGACAGAGAUAGAGAGCGAGGAAAAGAUUACAGAGAUCAUGAUUAUCGAUCAAGAGGUCGAUCAGGUUCGAAACGAGAUAUUCCGUGCCGGUUCUUUAUGAAAGGGCAUUGCAACAGUGGAAGUAGAUGCGACUAUUCUCAUGAAUUAAAUCAGCCUGAUAGAUCAGCCACGAGAUCUAGUACAAACUCGACGAUGACCCGUUCUCCUCCUCCUGCUACUUCUAAUACUACUACGAAUGACAGCGAUAACUGGGAAGACAAUGGCCUAUUUGAAAGACGUCGCCCCUCCGCUGAUGUUCCAUCAGAAUUCACUGACACGCCGCUUUCCCCAACCAACGAUAUGAUGCCUGACCCAUCCCUCCUCCCUGCCAAAAUAAUACCCGUGGAGUAAGCGGAAAUGGAAGCAUGAGGCUUCCAAUUUACCAUGGAAUAGUAUUUAAUAAACAUUUAUUUUGCAACUUGGAUAGAUAAUAAUACAUAUUUGAUGCAAGUGGCAGGAAUAAUGACACUUUGCAUGCAAUAUAGAGGUAUGCAUUCACUUGCUAAUUUAUUAUGGUGCGUUAAUUACUUUUAAAAUAAAAAAUAUAUAUAUACAUAGUUUUGUUCAAGGACAAAUGUAUAAGUAUACCCAAGUAAUAUGUCACUAUAAUUUAUUAUAAAAGUUAAUCAGUCAUUAAUUUAUAUGCAUUAAUUUUUAAGGUUAAGUACAUAUAUUGCGGAACAUGGUUGUUAGUUAAACAAAACUUUCGAAUUGUAAAUAAUGAAUGCAAGUGAAUCAGUUUUAGCCUGGUUGAUGUUCACAAAAGAUCACUUAUUUCCUUCUUCUACCUUAUUAUCUAUAUGACACUUUAUAAAUGUGCUAUUUCUAAUGACGCUCUGAAUGGGAGUCGUCGAUUUAUACUCAAUACCAAUCCAGAAUAGUACAAAUUACAAUUAUGACCAAGGUGUUCCUUGUUAUUGUUGUAGUCUUGUACUAUUACUAAAUUAAAGAAUGCACAAUAUUUUAAGUACAGCCAAAUUUCGCGAGAUUUGUAUACUUAAUAUGUACAACUCCAAACAGCAACAGCAGUAAGCAGUGAUGGUCUGCAAGGCUGACGAAUAAAUUUUUAACAUCACUACUACUACUA